CAACGGUACCUUCACACAGGAGUGAGAAGAUGAGCGAUGGCAAUAGAGCACAAAGGUGGCAGUGAGGACUUUGACACCGUUUUUGUCGACUCCCUGGAGCUGUCGUCGUCAUACCAUGACGGCAACUGUCGUGUGUUUAAAAUCAUCGUCAUAGGAGACACAAACGUGGGGAAGACGUGUCUGACUUACAGGUUUUGUGGCGGUUCUUUUCUGAAGAACCCUGAGGCGACCAUCGGCGUUGACUUUAGGGAGAAGACGCUCGAGCUCGACGGGGAGGUCAUCAAGUUGCAGAUAUGGGACACGGCAGGCCAGGAGCGUUUCCGGAAGAGCAUGGUGGACCACUACUAUCGCAGUGCCCACGCCGUCAUCUUCAUGUACGACGUCACCAGCCUGGUCACCUUCCAGAGCCUCCCCGAGUGGAUCGAGGAGUGUGGACGUCACUCUGUGGGGCCCUUGGUGCCCCGCGUAGUGGUGGGGAACAAGUGUGACCUGAGGGACCACCGUGAGGUGCCCACAUCGACGGCCCAGUGCCUCGCUGACGUGCACAACAUGCCCCUAUUUGAGACUUCCGCCAAGGACCCCGCCGAGGAGGAGCACGUGGAUGCCAUUUUCCUGACUUUGGCCUACAGACUGAAGAGCCACAAACCUCUGAGACUGAAGCAGCCCACUACUGAGGGUGACGUCAGGUAUCGGUGGAGGCCCAAAAAGCAGGAGGCAGGGACUUGUCAAUGCUGAUAAGCCCCGCUUCCACUGCAAGACUAUAUACAGUACCUUAAUCAGCCUGCUGUUAUGCACAGACCGGCAAGUUUGCACUAUAUUUCUAUGAGAUGCAUACACAAAUAUCUAAGUGUAGCGAAUAUACAAUAUAUUUUUAGCUGAGUUGUCAAAAUAUAACUGAUGGGUGCACUUUAUUUUUAUUAUGUAAAGACCUGACACGCAAAUGGCCAUGUAGCAACACUAACUUGCAGACAUAAAGGGGAAAAAAGGUACGCUGUAAAUCCUUUUUAAACCGUUUUAAGUGACAUUUUUGUGUGUGUGUGUGGGUGAUGGACAAAAAAACCCAACCUUGAAUUACAGACAUUUCUCUGCAGAACACUUUGCAAUUCAUCAAAUGCCACAGAGUGACAUGAGGUGGAAUUUCAGUGCUACUUAUUCUUGUCUUGCAUGCACAUCUCGAGCAAAAUAAAGUGGUUUGAUCCAGAAAA